UUGCAAAGGAAACCCGACCUGAGUGAGAUAAUGUAAUGUUUUAUCUUGUUUCAGAGCCACCAACUAUUACAGAAGCAGAAUUUGAAGAUUCUUUGGCAACAGAUAAUUUCCUUGUGGACUACUUUAAUGAAUUUCUAAGCCUUCCAACCUUUUCAGAGGCCAUUAGGUUUAAUGCGGAUUAUGGAGUGUUUGAAGUAGUUAACAAUGCUCCACAACUUCUGGAAAAGCAGCUGAAAAAAAUUCUAUACAACCAGCAACCUCGAAAUCCCAUUUAUGAUGUUGUAAGGAAGGGAAAGAAUGACAAUAAACCUGUUCAGAUGAACACCCCCUAUGAGGAUGAGACCAUUAAUGUCAACUACAGUAUUAUGUGCCUCAGUCGUGAACAAGGUAUUCGGUGGAUCAAAAAAGAAAGACUCCCGGCAUUUCUGGAAAGCGAUUGCUAUUUUGAAUACAGGCUAGCCAAGUUGAUUUCACAGGUGAGAUGGAGUGGGUCAGGCAUGAACAUCACACUAGAUACAGACUCUUCUCCCUGGGUCCUGAGAAAACCACCCACCCCACCGCCGCCUCCCACUGAAGACGACAAUGUCAUCAUCAUGAAAAAGUUCUACAUUUCUCUUGGCGAGGCCUCCUUGUCGCAAACGAAAGACUGGUUUACAUUAGCGAAACAGAGCCAGCAAACGGUGGCCACCUUUUCAUUACCGUCUCCUGCGCUCCACAGUCAGAUCACACCCUCUGGUUCUGAGAGCUUUAUCUUUGAUGAUGGAGUUCACCCCAGGACGAAAAAGGACCCACCUAAAACCACGGGAUUAAUUUCUGAAUUUGAUGAAGAAGAGGAGGAAGGGUCUGUAUCUGUCCAAGACACACCUUCUCAUGCUCUUCUGAGAAUAUACCUUGAAAAGCAACCGGAUGUUGGUGAAAGCCGGAUAUUGCAUUUCUCAACAUGUGAAGAAUUUUUGAGAUCUUAUAUAACCUUUGUUUUGGCAGUAGUAAUUCAUCAGAUCAUUGGAGUGCCAUUUAGAGAAGGCCCAGAUUAUAUAAAUUUCAACAAUGUUGCAGAAGUGGUAGUUGAUGAGUCUCCUGAGCCUAUUCCUGGCAAGAACGUGGAGUCAAGUGAAACAGUUCAACCCACAAAGGAAAUGUUGGAAGAGACAAGUUCAAAGAGUGAGAGCAUCCAGUCGGAAAGCAGGGCUGAUUGGUGUAUUUCUCACAAAGCUUAUGACAUUGGCAAUAGAACAGAGUUCGAAAGAUUUAAGAAAUUUAUAAAAGGAACAUUAGGGGAGAGAUAUUGGUGGCUAUGGAUGGAUAUCGAGAGGUUAAAAGUUCUUAAGGAUGCUGAAAGACAUCAAAGACACCUUGAGAAGAUGAAGAAAUGCUACCUAGUGAGCAGUGGAGAUUGCUACCUUUCUGCAGAAAUCUUAACAAAAUUGAAGCUGCUAGACGGGUCUCAGUGGAAUAAAGAACACUUAAGAAAUAUUCAGACUGAGGUUGUAAAACCCUUACUUCUGUAUUGGGCUCCGAGAUUCUGCGUCACUCAUUCAUUCGCAACAAAGCACGCCAGUGCUGAACUGAAGUUGUGGCACCUCCGCCAAGAGAAGCCAAGGAAGGAUGUUGACCCCUUUCCACAAAUGGCCACCCUUUUGCCAUUAAGACCUAAAUCUUGCAUUCCACAGAUAUCUGAUAUGCAGAAAGAAGAAACCAGUUUAGUUCAACCUCCUAAAUCUCCCAGGAAACCACCUCCAGCAACUCAAAAACCCUGGAAGAGCGAGACUUGGUAUUCAGUUUCUUCCAAGGACAGCACGACUGAGAAAGGGUCCAGGUUCGUGUCAGAAAGCACCCAAGUUAUUCGUUUAACAUCUUAUACUGACAUUUCUGAGUGUCUGAAGCCCCAGCUGGAUAGAAGAUUCACUUAUACGGAGGAACCGCUGGUUAAAACCCUGGCAGAUGGUGCCUUGGGAGGAUUUGACAUGGAAAAUUUAUUGCAAUCUUUGUAUGUAGAAAAUAGAGCUGGAUUCUUCUUUACUAAAUUCUGUGAGCAUUCAGGGAACAAGCUGUGGAAGAACUGUGUGUACUUCUGGUUUGACCUACAGGCUUAUCAUCAGCUUUUCUACCAAGAAACACUUCACCCUUUUAAAGUAUGCAAGCAAGCCCAAUAUCUUUUUGCCACGUAUGUCGCUCCUUCGGCCACUCUUGACAUUGGACUCCAACAGGAAAGGAAAAAAGAAAUUUAUAUGAAAAUACAGCCACCAUUUGAAGACCUUUUUGACACAGCCGAGGAAUAUAUCCUGCUGCUGCUCCUUGAGCCCUGGACGAUGCUGGUGCAGUCAGAUCAGGUGUCUUACAGACAGGUGGAGCUGGUGGAAGAAACUCGACAGCUAGACUCCAUAUACUUCAGAAAACUCCAGGCUUUGCAUAAAGAGACAUUUUCCAAGAAAGUUGAGGGCACUACUGGUGGAACUGCAACUGGUAUUCCCUCACAUCCUGAUAUCUCUAAACAAACAGAGUACUGGAAUAGUGUUCCUGCAGAAUAUAGGCAUUUUAAUUUUAAUGAUCUGCUUAACAACAAGCUGGAGUUUGAACAUUUCCGUCAGUUUCUUGAGGCUCAUUCUUCAAGCAUGGACCUUAUGUGCUGGACAGACAUUGAGCAGUUCCGAAGAAUAACUUAUAAAGAUCGAAAGCAAAGGGAUGCAAAAUCUAUAUAUAUUAAAAACAAAUACCUUAAUAAAAACUAUUUCUUUGGACCUAACAGUCCAGCUUCUCGGCGUCAGCAGGAUCAGAUAAUGGGUUUAAGUGGUGGCUGGGGGAAGAUUCUCCAUGAGCAACUUGAUGCACCUGUUCUCAUCGAAAUUCAGAAGCAUGUCCUAAAUAGGCUAGAAAAUGUGUGGUUGCCUUUGUUUCUUGCAAGUGAACAGUUUGCAGCACGUCAAAGGAUAAAGGUACAGCUGAUAGAUGUAGCUGAGGAGCUCUUACUGCAGAAACAUGAAAGGAAAAUUGGGAUCUGGAAGCCGGUGGAGAGUAAAUGGAUCUCUUCGUCUUGUGAAAUCAUUGCUUUUCGUAAGGCAUUACUGAAUCCAGUUACCUCGAGACAAUUUCAGCGGUUCGUGGCUCUAAAAGGAGACUUAUUGGAAAAUGGGGUGCUCUUUUGGCAAGAAGUACAAAAAUAUAAGGACUUGUGCCAUUCUCAUUGUGAUGAAUCCAUCAUCCACAAGAAGACCAUGACUAUCAUCAACUGCUUUAUUAAUUCCAUCAUUCCACCAGCUUUGCAAAUUGACAUUCCGGUAGAGCAAGCCCAGAAGAUUAUUGAACACAGGAAGGAGUUAGGACCAUAUGUAUUUAGAGAGGCACAGAUGACAAUUUUUGGAGUUCUGUUUAAAUUUUGGCCUCAGUUUUGUGAGUUUAGGAAGAACUUAACUGACGAAAAUAUUAUGAGUGCUUUAGAGAGAAGGAGAGAAUAUAUUAAGCAGAAAAAGAAACUGGCAGCCACAGAAGAUGAGAAAUUUUCAAAGGAUGGAAUCAAAUAUGGUACAGGUAUUUCAGGAACUGCUACCAAAUCAGCUGCUUUGACCAGUGACCUGUCUUUAGCAUACGGCCAACAGCCAACCUGGUGCUACUCAAAGUACAUAGAAGCCUUAGAACAGGAAAGGAUUCUCAUUAAGGUUCAAGAAGAACUGGAAAAGAAGUUGUUUUCAGGGGCACCAUCUUUAACAAAUGUUAAGCCUACUUCUUCAGGUGGGUCUUUGAAGAAGACCUCAUCUUCCCACAACAUCCAGAAGUGACAGCAUCACGUGGGUGCAGACCUGAUGUGAGAGAUGCAAGGAAAUUCUUUAAACCAAAUUUAAACUGACAUGGAAGCUCAAGUGAUUCUUUGAUGGUUUUCAUUAGAGCAAGCCGUCCACCUAAAUAAAGUUUGGCUUGUUUUACUCCCACCAUUUAAAAAUUAUAGCUAUUCUGCACACAUGACAUACAGCCUAUAAAAAAUUUGAAAACUUAUUUAGGAUAAAACUACUUCUAGCUAGGUUAGAAAGUUAAAAAUGUUUUGUUUAUUAUGGAGCUUAAGGAAGUAUCAUGCUCCUCAAGUAAUUUUUCAACAAAUAUUCCAUGAGCAUUACUAUAGUUGGUUAGCAGAUAUAUUUAACAGGUGGUUAGGGAACAGAUAUUCCUAGCAAUAAAAUUGGCCCAAAACAUAAAGGGAAGAGCCUUCCCCACCCCAUCCCUAUCUCCAACUCUAAAGGAACCAUAUAUUAAAACAGUGGUUCUCAAACUUUAGUGUACGUAAGACUCAUUUGUGACAUUUGCUAGCAAUGCACUCUCUGAAUGUCUGACUCAGUAGUUUUUUGGCAGGACCCAGGAAUUUCCCUCUUUAACAGACAUCCUAGGUGAUUCUGAUUCAGGUGUUCCACAGGCCACUCUUUGUGAUAAACUGUAGCGAGAGAAGAGUCUUAAAAGGUAAAAGCCCUUUUUAUUAACUGGAGUUCCACCUGUAGCAGAGAGAACCGGUCAUACAUGCUUAUCUUCCCUGGAGGGAAAGGGGAAUGUAAGAAAUGACCUGGUGGAUGAACCUGCUCUGUUCAUAGGCUCCAGGACUCGGAAGGCCCAAGGCCUAUGGCCUGGGUUACAGGAUUGCGAUGUACACUUCCACUUGAAUACAGUCUCAGAAAGUUUUUUCGAAGUCAGAACUGCCAUUUCUAAUUCUCUAAAGAGUUAGGCAUUUUAAAGAGGGAAAGCAUCAGUAGGCACACUUCAGAGAUGAUCUUUUGUAAAGCAGUGGCUCUAAAAAGCACUGGAACUCUGUAGUUUCCUCUGCCCCCACCCUGCCCCACAACUCGUAGUGGCCGUGAAGUUUCUGUUUUCCAUUUGUUGCCCUUGUUUCUUUUUUUUUGUAUUCCACUCUUUUUCUGCCUUUUGCUUUGUUUUGUUUAAUUGAGUAUUUUAUGUGAUUCCAUUUGCUCUCCUCUCUCAGCAUAUCAGUUAUACUUAUUUUUUAAAUAUUCUUACUGGUUUCCCUAGAGUUUGCAAUAUACAUUUACAGCUAAUAAAAGUCUACUUUCAAAUAAACUCUACUGCUUCAUGGGUCGUGUGAGUACCUUAUAGCAGAAUAUAUCUAAGGCCUCCCUCCUGUCCCUUAUCACACGCUGCCAAUUCAUUUUACUUACUAAUAAGCUACAAUCACUGAGUGCAUUGUUGCUAUUAUGAUUUUAAACAAACCAUUUUCUGUUAGGUCAAUUAAGAAGAAAAACAAAACAUUUUACCAUGAUUUAUUCCUUUUUUAAUGCUCUUUCCUUCUUUAUAUAGAUGAGUUUUUUACCUGUAUCAUUUCCCUUCUCUCUAAAGAACUUCUUUCAACAUUUCCUGCAAGGCAUGUCUAAUUAGGGCUCUGAGCCAAGGUGAUAAGCGUGACACAUUCUCUCAGCAUUUCUUUGCCUUCGAAAGUCUGUAGUUUUUCUUCACUUUGAAGGAUCAUUCCACUGGAUGUAGAAUUCUGUGUUAGUGGGGUUCUUUCAACACUUCAAAUAUUUCACUCCACUUUCUUCUUACUUGCAUGGUUUCUGAAGAAAAGUCAAAUGUAAUUCUUGUCCCUUCUCUCCAAAGUAGAAUCCAUAAAAUUGCUUCUUAGGUCAGUACUUGGGCUUUUAAAAUUCACCAGUUAUAUUUGCAGUAUAUCUACAACUACUCUUAUAACAAGAACACUUUUAAAACAAUUCUUAUAGGAAAUACCUUAAAAUAAUUUUGUGGCACACUGGACUGCUUAAAGAGACAGCAAAGAUGAAAAACAAUGUACACCAGUAUUACACUACUUAGCAAUUCAACUUUUAAGAAUCUACACAAGAGAAAUAAAAACAUUUCCCCACAAAAAUUUGUAUGCUAAUAUUCAUAAGAGCCAAAAUGUGAACACUACACAAAACCAAUCAACCGAUGAAAGUAUAAACAAAACAUUGCACAUAUGCACAAUGGAAUGCUACCCAACAAUAAAAAGAACACACCACUGAUACAUGCUGCAACAUACACAAACUUGAAAAACAU